AGUGAUGACAGAAGACAGAAAGGACACGCAGCUGCCUUCUUUCUGAUCCCAAUAAGGUGAUAAACCUGUAUCAGUUUUUGUUCUGGAGAAUGAAACCUGCACAGGAGAAGCGUUCCUGCAUAGAAGAAGAGCUGAAAUGAAGCAAAGUGAUUAAACAUUUGGGGAAACAAGCAAGGUGAAGAUGCUGGCUGUCGAUAUGUCCAUGUGGAUGAUCCUUCCUGUCAGCCUGCCAGUCUUCACCAUCACAGGAAUAUGGGUCAUAUAUGCCAUGGCUCUCUACAACCAGCAUGUAUGCCCUGUGCACAACUGGUUGUAUAAUGAGUCCUGUGAAGAACAGCUUCCUUCACAAAUUGAACCUGAAUUGUGCUGCACCCUGGACAACAUACCACUUAUCAGUAAAUGUGGAACUCUACCACCUGAAAGCUGCUUCUUCAGCCUCAUAUGCAGCACAGGAGCCUUUAUGGUGAUGCUAAUCACUCUUCUGCAUUACGCUCACGUGAUAGAGAGACACCAGAACAGUGUUCUGAACAUAGCCAGCCUCUCCACUGGAUGGAUCUGCGCUGCUGGUCUCACCAUGGUGGGAAACUUCCAGGUGGAUUUUGCCAAAGUUCUCCAUUAUAUUGGAGCUGGGGUUGCCUUCCCAUCCAGCAUGCUGUUUGCGUGUUUCCAAGCGGCGCUAACCUACAGACUGGCUAAAACCCAGGAGGAGUACUGGGUGGGUCACAUACGAGCAGGGAUGGCUCUAUUAGCACUAAUCACAUUGGUGCUCAGUGGAGUUUUUUUCUGCCAGGAGAGUUUCGUCCUCCAGCACACCUCUGCCAUCUUCGAGUGGGUCUACUGCAUGAUCAUCAUGCUCUUCUAUGGGACGUUUGCGUUUGAAUUUGGGGGCAUAUCAGCUGACACGCUGAUUGCCCUCUCGAGAGGAGGGGGACUUUCCAGCUUCUCCCUCUCUGGGCACAAACCGGAGAUCAGUGGGGGAUCCAGCCACCUCCAGGCAGAAAACCUGUCCGUCCUGUAACUGAAAGGUGCUGGAUUUCCCUGUGUAAAACACAGAAGACAAUAGUUAUGCUUAUGUUGGACAUUAAGUGUCUCAGAGCCAAUGGCACUAAAUAACACUUUUUUCUCUAUUUGUUGCAAUUUUUUUACAUUGCAACAAAAUUGGAUAUCUGUGUUUCAGACACUCCCUUGGUGAGCAGUUGCUGACUUGUCCAAUGCCUGGGGAGCUUUGUCCAGAUAAAGACCCUAAAUGGCUUAACUGCUCUGCUAUAAAAAUGCACGAUAUAAGUUCUUUGCUGAAGACAGAGGCCGUUACGAUUUACACGUGGACAUUCCUCAGUGUUUGUUUUAUUUCCUCCUUAUAUAAUGCUCACCCCUUGAAUCCUCAGCUGGAGGCGCUUUCAUCUGAACAAACGUCUUGAAAAUGUGCCUUUAGAAGUUUCUCAGAGUUUAGAUGUUCAGACUCAGCGCCUCUAUACUGUUUUUAUUCAGAAAGUUCUGUUACAUCACCAGUUUUUAAUCCUUUCCAGUCACUGUAAGGUGAGUUUCUUGUUUUGUUUGUUUGUUUGACUAAACUUUCAGACAAUAGGUGGAUGUAACUGGGUGCCAAGAAUAAUUUUCUUUUAUCUUAAGUGGAUUGUCCACAAAAAUAUAUACCAUAGUGGUGUUCAUGGCAAACAGCUCAUCUAUUCAAUGUCUUAGUUUAUUAUAUGCAAGUUAUUGCAACAUAUUGCAGAGAUAGCUGCCUCAUUUUUGUAUAUAAGCUCAGCUCGGUUGUAUAUUUGAUCUCAUCAGCUUUUUUUUAUCAAAAAAGGUAGUUUAAGCAGCAUAUGAGAAAAUAAUGCAGUUUUCUAUAUCCUACCGAAAUAUGUUCAAUUCAAUUCAGAUUUAUUUAUAUAUAGCGCCAAUUCACAAAACAUGUCAUCUGAAGGCACUUUACAGAGACAAUUCAACCAGAUCAUACUUUAAAGGUCUCAUAUUGUGGAUCUUGGUGGUUGUUAGUAUGCAAUGCAAACCUCCUAAGUUACUUACUGAGUUGAAUCCUUUUGUAGAUUGUGGGGAUGGGCUGUGAUAUGGCUCCACUAGGAAGGGAGCAAACUGUUCUUUGAAAAAAUUUAAAUUGAACUUUAUUGAUCUCACAAUGGAGAACUUUCUGCAAUUAAACAAUUAAUUUUAAGGAGCAGUGGGCUGCCACUGUGCAGCACCUGGGAGGGUUAAGGGUCUUGCUCAGAGACCCAGAGUGGCAGUUCGUGGGAGUGGGUUUCAAACUCACAACCUCAGGAUUCCAAUGCCCUAACCACUAGGCCACCACUCCCCUAAAGCAAUUGUGAAGCAAAUCAAGUUCAGGAAGCACCUUUGUUUUUGGCUGGCAUUGGGUAUAAACUAUUCCACACUGAAGUGUGUGUCUUGUUGUGUAU